AUGCAACAUUCAAAACCAUCUUGUCCUUGGAUCGGGUUCAGAACUGCCGGGUUUAAUGGUUAUGCUGUAGAGUUUAGUCCAUUUUUUGAAAAUAGACUAGCCUGUGCAUCUGCUGCUAAUUUUGGAAUUGCUGGUAAUGGUCGUCUAUGGGUUUUACGACUAGGCCCAGAUGGCAUUCAAGUCGAACAAAGCUAUGACACACAGGAUGGGCUCUUUGACUGCGCAUGGAGUGAGAUUCAUGAGAAUCAGCUUGUAUCUAGCAGUGGUGAUGGUUCCAUCAAGCUAUGGGAUCUUACAAUGCCUGACUUUCCUGUCAUGAACUGGUCCGAGCAUAGUCGUGAAGUGUUUGCUGUCAACUGGAAUCUGGUCAGAAAAGAUACAUUUGUCACUGGAUCUUGGGAUUAUUCAAUCAAAUUGUGGAAUCCAGAAAUACCUAGUUCGAUAAGAACAUGGCAAGAGCAUACUGGAUGCAUAUACCAAACAGUAUGGUCCCCAACUCAUGCCGACGUAUUUGCUUCCGCAGGUGACCAAACAAUCAAAAUAUGGGACGUUCGUCAGCCUCAGUCGGUACAAACCAUUCACGCACACAAUGCUGAAGUUCUUGCCUUGGAUUGGGGAAAAUACCAAAAGGAUAUGAUUGUAUCUGGCAGUGUGGAUACUACACUGCGUGUAUGGGAUCUACGGUUUCCACAGAAUCCUGGCACAGUGUUGGUUGGACACGAGUAUGCUGUCAGAAAAGUCAAAUGCUCUCCACACCAAGGAAAUGUCGUUGGAUCCGUCUCAUAUGACAUGACGGCAAGAUUUUGGGACUUGAAUCAGUUCCAAGAAAAGGGCAUUCAAUCUCCCGCGUACCAUGUGCAUCACGAUCACAGCGAGUUUGUUCUUGGUUUGGAUUUUUCAAUUUUUACAUCUGGACAAGUUGCAACAUGUGGCUGGGACGAAAUGAUUCAUAUCUUUCAAGUGUAAUAAUUUAAAAUAAACUGCUAGCAUACCAAAGAA